AUGUCCAUUUCCCUUGUUUUUGAAUCAACGUCGCUGUACCAUAACACCAUCUCCUGCGAAACGCAUGGGAUUCGUUAUCAAAUCUCGCGUGGGUCAGACGACGUUGUCACUAUCAAGCGCUGGGACCCCAAGACAGAUCUAAUGAGCUCUGUGUAUGAGCUCAAGCUACCUUACUUCACAAAGGACAUGUAUCGAAAACCCGGCGAAGCCACUUGGCUACCAAUGAGGCAAUUACUGCAAAAGGCUGGCAAUAAUCCACUUUCCAACACUAAAGCAUUCCAUGGAUCCGGAGGUCUUGAAUAUCGCUGGGAAACGUUGGACCGAAAAGUACUUCUCUUUGCAGGAUCGCAGAGUAGUCCCGAGCCCUCUCCGAUUGCUUGGUACAACUGGAGUCACACGCGCGGCGAACUAUCUUCAUUGGAAAUAGCUGAUUUGUCAAUCUUGCCAUCAUUGGACAUUAUCAUCCAUGAGGUUAUCACCAUCAAACGUUGGGAUAGCAAGACAGGCUUGAUGAAUCCUGUGUACGAGCUAAAGAUGCCCUACUUCACGAAGGAGAAGUAUCGAAAUUACGGAGAAGUGGAUUGGCGUCCAAUGAACCAAUUGCUCGAGAAGGCCUAUGCUUUGUCCACCGCCAGAACAUUCUGUGGAGCCGACGGUCGAAACUAUCGGUGGGAAGCCGUGGACGAAAGGGUGGUUCUAUUAGCCGUAUCGGAUAUCAUACCUCGCGGAUAUGUCACCGCACGGUACAACUGGUCCCUCAUAUGUGGCGAGCUAUCCUCGUUGCAAAUCCUUCAUGAGCCGGUCUUGGAAACGCUCGACAUCAUCAUACGUACGUCACCCAUGUAA